AUGUCCAAUGUCCUGCUUCUGAGAGCUGCUACCCAAGACAACCCAGAUCGAUAUGAAGAUGCCUUCAGGUCUCGCGGAUACCAUCCAAUAUCAGUUCCUGUACUAGAGACCGUCAUAGUUGGCCGCGAGGAGCUAGCACGCAGGUUGAGCAUCGGUCCAGAGAAUCAGAGCCUAUCUGGAGUCAUAAUAACGAGCCAGAGAGCCGUCGAGGCAUGGUCCGAGGCUGCCCGUUCACUGAUCAUUGCUGAAAACGACACACUUCUCAAGGAUGAAUCUGACUGGUGGUCUGUGCCGUUCUAUGCAGUUGGAGAAGCUACAUCGGUCGCGCUUCGUGAUCUUUGUGAGAAGAUUCCUCUGUAUUCACCCAGAGAUAUUCGGGGUGGUUCAGAGACGGGGACUGCAGAACGCCUUGCAGCAUUUAUACUCAAGGAUCUUCCCUCGGACGGGACAAACAGAAAACUUCUGUACCUCACUGGAGAUAAAAAUCGUGACACGUUACCGAAGCUUCUGGAGUCGGCUGGUGUUGCAUUAGACCCUCUCCAGGUCUAUGCCACAAAAGGUUCAUCCACAUUUCCUCACGAUUUAUCGCUUGCCUUGCAACGAGAGGGAUUCUCCUGGGGAUGGGUCGUCUACUUCGCCCCUUCAGUAGCUGAAUUCGUGACUCCAGUCUUACGGAAUCACUUCGUCCUGCCUACGGUCAAUUCGAGCACGGAGAAGCGCGGCCAACUUGCAGAACAUCAUCACUUAGUCAAAGUUGCUACGAUAGGACCCACCACGGAAUCCUUUCUCAAACAGAUUUUGAAGUUGUCGGUCGCAGUAACCGCGAGAAAUCCCAAGGCAGAUGAUCUUGCUGAUGCGGUCCUUCAACAUGAUGAGGCAGAAUAACAACGCAGUCCCCUUCAUCGCUCCAUGUAUACCUAUCAUCGCUUGUCACUACUGCAGAACAUGCUAAGUACAUAUGCCACUGCCAGAGCCCCGUUCACUCUUCACACAAUCACACGGAACUGACAGAUGUUACGAAACUUUACGAAAAACCUUACGAAUUGUCGGGCACCAAUUUCAAUGCAAUUUGCCCAGUCUACCAACACGGUGACAACCUUACUACACACAUUCUUUUGCACCACGUUCUUUACUCUACGCUCUACGUACUCCUCAACCUGAAGGCAGCGUAAAGCUGGUUCUUACACUGUCACGACAUGAACUCUCCUCUGCUGAGACAGGAAUAUGGCGUCUCGUCGACUAGCUUGCUGCCUCCCAGGGAGCAU